AUGGGGUGCUGCUUCUCUCGAGACUCCAACAGCUCGCCGUAUCCAGGCUCUACGGCCGGGCAGCAUGGUGAUUCGUCUCACCAGAUCAACAACAACACCCACGGCCACGGCCACCAUCACCGUCACAGCCAGACAGGCCAGCCAUCGCUGAGCGGCGGCCUCUCUCACGCUCCCUCAGACGCCUCCUCUGCGACUCCCCGCCUGUCGCGCUCGGCUGUCCGUCGCGGCGUCCCGCUGAACGAGCACUUCAACCAGCCCAUCCGCCCGCACGUCUGGAAGAGCAAACGCCGCACCUGGACCCGCGCAACCAUCGACAGAGAGCGCGAAGUCUUCUUCGAUACCAGAGUCGCCGGCCGACCAGAGAUAUGGGCUGCCCUGUCCACCGCUCUCGCCCUGCUGCGGGAGGGAGACCAGCAGACCGCCCAAAGCAUCGUUGACGCUGCGGGCAUCACCGUUCCCACAGGCGACAUCUGCGAGGGAUGCUACGACGAGAGCGGGGCGCUGUACAAGCUUCCAGAAGCCAUCGUGGCUGAUCCUGUCAACCUGGCGGAUGACGAGGAUGCCGCAGAGGUGGCCUACAAGUGUGAUGCUGGCGCCGAUCUAGACGGCGAUGCGGACGGUGAUACAGCUGGGGACGAGACGUCUACUGCGAAACUGGUGUUGGGCACUGGUUCGUCGGACGAUCUGUUGGACAAGGAAAAGGAACGCAGGCGCGAAGAGAAAGGGAAAUGGAAUGAACGAGACGUCGUCAAGGUCACUGCUCGACUGAGUGACCGCGGAGGACCAGACGUGGUCGUUAGCAUCGGCAAGGAACAGACGGUUGCUGCUCUUGUUCGUAGGAUCCAGGCUGAGGCUGGGCUCCCUACCAGCACUCGCAUCCAGAUCGUAUAUCUGGGCAAGUUCUUCAGGGACAGCCAAACGCUGUUCGAGCAGGGCUGGAAAGAAGGCAACGUCCUCAACGCCUAUGUUAGGAUCUCAAAAUGA